CUUCUUCUUCUUCUUCUCUCUGGCAUCUUUUGCUUCACUUUUGCCAUGGUGGCUGCCUCUUCCUGUUACGCCUAUUUGGACUUUAGGCCUUACAAUCACUACAACAGCAACAAUAUCAUUAUUGCCUUGUCUUCUCUCUUCGGAUCAAAUAGUAUUUCUUUGAAUCGAAACCAGAGUAGACUUAACCGAGCAACUAACUCCGGUAGAGCCAUGGCUAUUGCUAUGAAUAUGGAAAAUGAAGCCAUGGUUAGCAAGAAUAAUCCCCCUAUGGAGAAGCGUCGGGUUGUGGUGACAGGCAUGGGAGUUGAAACAUCAUUAGGUUAUGACCCACAUACCUUUUACGAGAACUUGCUACAAGGCAACAGUGGUAUUAGCCACAUUGAGGAUUUUGAUUGUUCCAACUUUCCUACGAGAAUCGCGGGUGAGAUCAAAUCUUUCUCAACUGAAGGAUGGGUUGCUCCUAAACUGUCUAGGAGGAUGGACAAGUUCAUGCUCUAUCUUCUCACUGCUGGCAAGAAAGCUUUGGCUGAUGGUGGUGUAACCGAACAAGUCAUGGCUGAGUUUGACAAAGCCAAAUGUGGCAUUUUGAUUGGCUCUGCACUGGGUGGCAUGAAGGUCUUUCAUGAGGCUAUUCAAGCUUUCAAGAUCUCUUACAAGAAGAUGAAUCCUUUUUGUGUUCCUCUUGCUACAACUAACAUGGGUUCUGCUAUGCUCGCUAUUGAUCUGGGGUGGAUGGGGACAAACUACUCUAUAUCAAGUGCUUGUGCUACAAGCAACUUUUGCAUUCUGAAUUCAGCUAACCACAUUAUUAAGGGUGAAGCUGAUGUAAUGCUCUGUGGUGGCUCAGAUGCAGCUAUUAUUCCAAUAGGGUUGGCAGGUUUCGUGGCAGUCCGGGCUCUUUCACAAAGGAAUAAUGAUCCCGCAAAAGCUUCACGUCCUUGGGAUUGUAAUCGAGAUGGUUUCGUGAUGGGGGAGGGAGCUGGAGUUCUGCUUUUGGAAGAACUUGAGCAUGCUAAGAAAAGAGGAGCAACUAUCUACGCAGAGUUCCUUGGUGGGAGCUUCACAUGUGAUGCCUACCACAUGACCGAGCCUCACCCUGAUGGAGCUGGUGUGAUUAUAUGUAUUGAGAGAGCGUUAGCUCAUGCUGGGAUUACCAAGGAACAGAUAAAUUACGUGAAUGCACAUGCAACCUCAACACCAGCUGGAGACCUUAAGGAGUACAAAGCCCUUGUUCACUGUUUUGGUCAAAAUCCUGAGCUAAAGGUAAACUCCACGAAAUCUAUGAUCGGACACUUGCUGGGAGCUGCUGGAGCUGUAGAGGCUGUUGCAACCGUGCAGGCAAUAAGAACCGGUUGGGUUCAUCCAAAUAUCAACCUAGACAAUCCAGAGAAUGGAGUGGAUACAAAAUUACUGGUGGGCUCUAAGAAGGAGAGAUUGGACAUUAAAGCAGCCUUGUCAAAUUCUUUUGGGUUUGGUGGUCAUAACUCCAGCAUCAUUUUUGCUCCUUACAAGUGAAAGCAAUCAUCGCUUGUACUCCAAACCUGGUUUUAUAACUUGCUGUAAGUGUUUACAAGAACUUCCAAUGUUAUGUUGUUGCGGGAAUCAACACAGUUUGUUAAACUACCAAGAGCUAAAGCUAGUUUUCUUAGGAUCAAGAUCUGCUGUGCCAGAGAACUUGGACAGGAGCAAACGUAGCAGAGUUUGGAUUUGCCAUGAACAAAUUUCUUCCGUGUUACCCUUUUGAUUGGAAUCUUUGUAGCUUUUUGUAGUAUUUCAUUUCACUAUUGUUAAUCAUACAGUAUGAAAACAGUAACAUACCAAAUCAGUCCUCAGUUAAAUUUA